UUAAACACAAGGUCUAAAACAAGCAUUUACAUCAUCAAUUAUAAAUGUAAUAUAUUGCAGUGUUGUAUGGAGGGCUAAACAGAAUAAUCAAUGCCUCUAAUAUAAAUAUGUAGCACUUAAUAUACUAAUACAUGUAAAUAUAUUGAAAUAUGGAGUCUAAAAUGCAAGAUGCAUAUAAAGAAAAAAAAAAUCGGCUCGGCUUGGCGGCCUGGUCUGGCCUGCUGCGGCCGGCUCGUUAGCGGCCCAGUCCGGCCUGGCCUGGAUCAAGGCAGGGAAAGGGGCGCGGUAGGGAAAAUCCCUAACCGCCUGCCUCCCAAUAGCCGCCGCUUCAGGGCUACUGCCCGAUGCGCCGCCGCCGCCCCUGUGUGCUGCCGCCGCUGUGGGUGCUCCGCCGGUGAACGCCGCGCGCACCACCUCCUCUCCUUUUGCUGCGGCACCGCCUCGGUCCGCCCCCUGCACGGCCGCCGGGCACCGGAGAGUCCCAUGCGAGGCCGCACCGCGACGGAGUAUGCAGGCGGGUGAGGGGGGGGGGGGGGGGGGGGGUCGUUCGUGCCGCCGGUGGUGCGGCCUUGGAGAAAAACGCUGCAUUCGAGGGGCUGGCCUGUGGGCUUGAGCCGGCGUUGCCGAUCGUGUAUGGCAGCGACGAGGUUCCAGGCCGUUGGCCUUGAUUCAGCGGUGGUUGGUGCCAGGCUUCUCCGUCGACGGCGAGGACUCAGAUGGCGAGGAUCCAACGCCCCUGACUACCGGUGAAGCGGCGGCCGCGACCAUCGCGGAACGACGUCCAUGGCGAUGAUGGCGUCCUGUGAGACGCCGGCCAUGUAGGGUGAAGAUGCAGCAGCCUCUCUUCUGGAAGAGAUGACGGCAACGUCCAGUGCAGGCGACAACUGGAAGGACGAGGAAUCCAUCCCAAAGAAAACCAGGUGCACUGUGCCACUGUCACCGUCUGGCGGUACUGAACACGGACUCAAACCGAUUUGUACGGACCAAAAGUAGCAAAGCAUGGAUUAACCGUACUCGUGACGGAGUCCUCGUACACGUCAUUGUGGUUCAAUUCCAUCAACAUUGUCGCAGGUAGGGCUAGCACAAAUGCUCGAUGCUCAUCACAAGCCGGCUCGGCUCGUUUAUAAACUUUGGUUUGGUUUAGCUCGGUUCGACCUCACAAACGAACCGAGUUACUCCCUCUGUUCUUUUUUAUUUGUCGUUUUCGGUGUGCGUACCAUAAUUUUGACUUAGCUUGUAGAAAAUACGUGCAACAUUUAUAUCUUAAAAUAAUUUUUUUAAAAAAACUAGAUUAAAAGACCUAUCUAAUGAUUUCAAUUAUAUAUUAUAAAUAUUAAUAUAUUUUUAUAUAAAAUUAAUCAAAGUUAUUUCUCGGGAAGCGAGAGCGCCAGUUAUUUAGGGACGGAGGGAGUAAAUCUCAAUUUCAGCUCAUCUUCUCUAUGAGCUAGUGAUCGGCUCGAUUAGAUUUGAUAAAUAUGGCAACAUCAGACUAAUACUCUCCAUUUUUAUUUACAUAUCGUAUUAGUUUUGUCAUAAGUUAAAUUUUACUAAGUUUUACCAAAUAUAUAGAAAAACAUAGCAACAACUGCACUAUCCAACGUAUGCACCAUCGACAUAUAUUUUAUGGUGGAUUCAAUAAAAUAAAUUUGGCAUUGUAAAUAUUUUUAUUUCUCUCUAUAAAUUUGAUCAAAGUUUGCUAAGUUUGACUUAGAACAAACACAAUAUGAUAUGUAAAUAAAAGGCAAAAUAGCCAAAAUCGUCCAUGAACUAUGGGGUUCGGUUCAAUUUGAUCCCAGAACUAUGAAAACAUUCAAUUUAGUCCAUGUACUACAUAUAUGCUAACAGACCCAACUUUAUGUUGAAUCCGACGUGGCACGCCACGUAGGGCCUCCUCCACUCACCGCCUAAUUAGCUUGGGUGUGAAAUACCCUUUUUACCCUCCAUCCAUAGAGCUGAUUUAGCACAUGUAGCUUCCAGCCCGCAUCGAGCCGCCCCCUCCUAGGUAGCACAGGUCGCCACCCCUCGCCACCCUAUCCCUACCAGCAUACCGCUCGCUCCCCGCCAGCUUUGAUCGCUGACCCUCGCCACCUCCUCCCUGCCAGCGAGGCCACUCUCCUUCCCCAGCAUCGCGGAGGUGUGAAACACAAUUAUGGUUGCGGCGGCCUCGCUAGCAGGGAUGGGGUGGCGAGGCUCGGCGAGCCAGUAGGGAGGAGCGGCACUCGCUGGCAAGGAAGGGGCGGCGAGCUGAGCUGGCUGGGAGGGGACGGUGUGCUGUCAGAGAGGGGUGGCGAGGGGGGCCAGGGACGUAACCAGGAUUUGGAUUAGGGGGGGCAAAUAGUUAUUGACGGGCUUUGAGGGGGGUCAAUAUAGGAUAAUCUUGAUAGUUAGUACCAUUUCAUUAGAGGGUAUUAGUGGUGCUAAGGGAGAAUUGGGGGGUCAGGCCCCUGCACGCCCCCUGGCUCCGCCUCGGAGGGGGCGGCGACCUACGCUACCUGAGAGGGGGUGGUGACCUGGUAGGGAAGGGAGUGGUUUGACUCAAUACUGGCUGGAAGUUGCCUGUGUUAAACCUGUUCUAUGGAUGGAGGGUAAAAAGCUAUUUCACGCUCCAAGCUGACUGGAGGAGCCUAUGUGCUGUGCCACGUUGAAUUCAAGAAUGAAGUUGGGCUGGUUAGGAACUAAAUUGGAUGUCUUCGUAGUUUAGGAAUCAAAUUGAGUCGAGCACCAUAGUUCAGAGAUGAUUUGACUAUUUUACCAACUAAAUAAAAUCAGAACAAGCAAUGAAGGAACGAGAAAAUGCACAAACUACCUAUGGUGCAAAACAGAUGGAAAAAGAAGAGGAAAAAGGUUAUGGAAUGUAUAGCUUCAUGGUUCUACGAAGCUGGGAUUCCUUCUAUACUGUUUGUCUGGAGAGUUUCGACUUUAUGUUAGAAGCAAUUGGGCAAUAUGGCCCUGGUUUACGGGCUCCAUCUCCAGAUGAGCUUGAUGGGCCAUUAUUGCAGAAACAAGUUUUGGCUAUUAAUAAUUCAAUUGAAGUGCUGAAGAAAUCUUGGGCGUUGGAAGGAUGCUCUAUUCUGGUUAACAUUGGGUAUGGUGAUAAUGAAUCUUUGGUUUUAAACAUGGAAGUCCAUUGCUCGCAGGUAGUGUCCUUCCUUCGUUCCGUCCGUCUACCAUCAGAUAGAGACUUUGAAUCAUCUAUUUUUGAACUAGUUGACUCUUGUAUUGAAGAAGUUGGAGAGAACAAUGUGGUGCAGGUUGUCACAGACAUCCGUUCGGAAAUGAGGUCAGCAAAAAUUCUUACUGAGAAGAGACCCAAUAUAUUUUGGACUCCCUGCGCUGCAGAUUGCAUAGGCAUGAUAUUUGGAGACAUAGGUUGCACUCCUUUGAUCAGGAAAACAAUUGCUAAAGCAAGGUUACUCGCUGCUUUCAUUUAUGGCCGAACACAUUUGUUGGACAUGGUGCGGCAGUUCACUAGUCAAUGGGAUUUAGUUCAUGUUGGGAUCACCGAAUACAUCACUUGUCUCUUGAACCUGAAGAGUCUUUAUGAUAAGAGGAUUGAGUUGAAGGCUCUGUUUAUUUCCAAAGAAUGGGAGGACAGCAAAUGGGCUAAUGGAGCUGUGGGCAAGAAAUUCUAUAAGCUAGUAGUUAGUAACGAGUUUUGGCAUGGGGUGCUAUAUACUAUAAACAGUUUUGAACCACUAGUGGAUGUUCUGAGGAAGAUGGCUGGUGGUAUACUCUCAAUGGGGUACAUAUAUGGUGAGAUUGCAAACACUAAAACGGAAAUUGCCUUGCGUUUUGAAAACAAGGAAGAGCAGUAUUUGCCAAUAUGGAAGGAGAUAGAUUUUAGAUUACAUGAUUCCCUCAUGACACCAUUGCACCUAGCUAGUUAUUAUCUUAAUCCAUUCUUCUACUAUCAAAAUAAAGAUGAAAUUAAAAAAGUGGAAGUGUUCCGAGAUGCAAUUGUUGAGUGUGCGCGUAAAAUGUACCAAGAUCAGCCUACACAAGAGAAAAUUGUGCAUCAGUUGGAUCUUUACAGAACUGCUUCACAGAGUUUUGGGACAGCUCAUGCCAUCAGUAAUCAAAUGACUGCUGAUCCAGUUUCUUGGUGGGAAUUACACGGCUGUGCAACAAAGGAGUUGAGCACAAUGGCAAUAAGGUUGUUGAGAUUAACUUGUGGUUCGCUGGCAUAUGAGGAAAGUUGGAUCGAGAAGCUUCAUAAACACAAGCCACGUUGGAUUAAACAUAAGCAAUUUGAGGAUUCAAUGUUUGUGACGGUGAACAGGAGGAUACAAGGGAAAGCUCAAAUGAAAGAUAGAGAUCCUGUUCUGGCAUAUAUUCCUGUCGAAGUUGAACCUUUUGAGUGGCUGGUGGGCAUGUCUCGCUCUGAUGCUCCACAAGCUGGAAACCAUGCUUUACGUAUGGCACGAGCAAACAGUAGUGAGGAUAUAGGACUUUCGAAGCAAGCGAAACAACUAUUGGACUACGAUGCGUGUAUAUCCUCGGAUGAAGUGUAUGAGCAUUGUGAUAAUAACCAAAGUCACUCCAGCAACAAGAGGGCAUCAUCCGGUGCCUCAUGCUCAAAGCGAGUGAAGAGGCCACGUUUGGCCCACCAGUGCGAGGGAAGUGAUGGAAACAUCAGCUACUAAGCUCUGGUUGUGAUGUACAGGCUGCUGACUUGUUUUGUGAUCCAGAAGCCCUUAGGGUGGAGUUUUUUCUGACCUAUGUUUGAGUGUUGCCUAAUGUAUGCCCAUGCCCUGCCUUAAGUCUGGAUGCUUUGUCUGUAUCAUGUGAUUCGUAGACAUCCAGUUUGACAUUGAGUGAGCUACUUAUCGAGCAUGCUUAGUUGAUUGCCUGGUGAUAUGUACAUUGGCUUAGCUAGAAUCCUUAGAAACCCGACUUGUAAGCCUCUUUUGGCUGCCUGUUCCUGCGAAGCUCCAUGUUCUGUCUCUCCUUUUUUUUGUUAGGGAAAAAGAAAAAAAACAAUACUGCAACGUGUUUUUUUAUACAACUUGAUUUUUGCAGGUCAAUCACCC